GAGAGAGAGGGGCGCUUUCGUGUCGCUGGUUUCUCUCUCCCCGCCACCUCCUCCCUUCCUCUUUCCUCCUCGCCCGGGAAGACUCCGGGUCCUUUUCGGGACUGCGGCCUGUCUGAGGCGCCUUGAGUCCCUGCUUCCCCCAGCAACGGCGGCCGGGAGAAGAACGGCCGCCGUCGUGCCGCUCCCAAAAUGUCGCAGACAGCCAUGUCCGAGACCUACGAUUUCCUGUUUAAGUUUUUGGUCAUUGGAAAUGCUGGAACUGGCAAAUCCUGUUUGCUUCAUCAAUUUAUUGAGAAAAAAUUCAAAGAUGACUCAAAUCAUACUAUAGGAGUGGAGUUUGGUUCAAAGAUAAUAAAUGUAGGAGGCAAAUAUGUAAAGCUACAGAUAUGGGAUACAGCUGGACAAGAACGAUUCAGGUCUGUAACGCGAAGCUACUACAGAGGUGCUGCAGGUGCUUUACUUGUUUAUGAUAUUACCAGUCGAGAAACCUACAAUGCACUUACUAACUGGCUGACAGACGCAAGGAUGCUAGCAAGUCAGAACAUUGUAAUAAUACUGUGUGGGAACAAAAAGGAUCUUGAUGGAGAUCGAGAAGUCACUUUCUUAGAAGCAUCCAGGUUUGCCCAAGAAAAUGAGCUGAUGUUCUUGGAAACAAGUGCUUUGACAGGGGAAAACGUUGAAGAGGCCUUUGUACAGUGUGCAAGAAAAAUACUUAAUAAAAUUGAGUCAGGUGAACUGGAUCCAGAAAGGAUGGGCUCAGGUAUUCAAUACGGGGAUGCAGCAUUGAGACAGCUGAGAUCUCCGCGAAGAGCACAAGCUCAAAGUGUUCAAGAAUGUGGCUGUUAGAAGCAAAAAACAAACAAAACACUCAUUGUAAGGGAAAAGCUGUCCUUACAAAUGAUGUUUAAUGAAACAACUGCCGUGGCUUCAAGGCUCUGCAAAUUCAGAACUCCUUUUUGAUUCAACAAAGCAGACCCCCCUGUGGUGUGUUUUUUUAAAGUACUGUUGAAUGGCUUCUGGAAGUGUGCGAUUGGCACAGCAAAACUGCAAAAAGAAAAUCUGAUAAUUCAAUGGACAAUACUGAAACUAAAAUACCUGUAUGUAAAUGUUUUCUGUUGAAUAUUUUUGUUCAUUAUCUCUAGUUUGAAACGUUAUUGUAUCAUGUGUACAUAAAACGUCACCAUUAAAUUUCCAAAGCAUGAUAUACUGACAUAAUAUUGCACUAACAGCUGUUUUUUAAUGACUAAAAUUUUAAGGGUGGUAGGCAUUAUCAUGUUUUGGGUGGCAUUUUUGUACAAUAGCUUCUAUUUAUAAGUUGACAUUGAAAGCUACUGGCAUUGACUGUCAGUGUUUUAUUUGCCACAUUCUACAAGGCGCUUACACAAUUUAUUUUUUUGAAAAACAGUUAGGUCAUAUGUUUAUUAAUCUGCCAUAUUGAAACAAUAUUUUUUUUACUGGAGCGUAGCUGUCCUGUUGACAAUUCUUAAAUGUAUUUCAAUCACUUUGUCAAAUGUAGGCUAAACAAUGCAGUUGUGAACUCUUGAGAGCUUACUGUUGUCCAAUCUUGCCUUGGGAAAUUUCUGUUUUCUACAUCGUAGAUUCUAACUGAGAUUGUAUGUUUUGAGUAGAAGGUAAUGCCUACUUGUUUUGCCAUUCUAGAGGAGUGUUUGAAGUUGUGAAUCACCAUUUUAUUAAACUAAUUUCUAUACAUAA